CGAAACGCGCAGACUCGAAUGCAAUCGAUGAGCACAUCCGUCAUACGCCGCCAUUUGCGAAAGAAAGGCCGAUCGCUGCCCGGAGCGCGAGUGUCAUAGUUUGAUUAUGUCGAGUGUGUAAUUGUUAUUUACGCUAUAACUGUGAACUCAGUGUCGGCAUUUGAUCAGUUAAAAUGAUUGUGAGAUCUUGGAGCAUUUUGUGCCUGGGAGUUUUGGUGGCUUCUGUGCUCGGGGCGCAGGGAAACAACGACAAUGAAGACAUACCCUAUUUGGAACUCGCGGAGCCUGAUGAGGGCUACCAUGGCCUGAUCCGGGAGAACGAGACCUUAGUGGAGGUGACGCCUCCCAUUCGCGCGAGAGGCCCUCUCUGCUCGUUCCUUAUCCUCAACAAUAAGCAUCAUGGGGAGGCUCCUUUUGAGAUCAUGGUUAUCGACGAGAACGAGGCCCGGCUGCGCGUGCGCUUCCCGCUCAACUGCGAGAAGCGGCGGAACUACAAGUUCGACAUCGCCGCUGUAGGCUGCGACGGGUCCUACUCUAACACCGUCCCAGUCCACAUCACAGUGACAGACGUGAACGAGUUCGCCCCAGUAUUCUCGCAGUCAGCCUACGUCAAGACUGUGGAUGAAGGCCGCAUCUACGACGAGAUUCUCAGAGUAGAGGCCACAGACAGAGACUGCACCCCGCGAUACGGCGACGUCUGCAAAUACGAGAUCCAGAGCGACAGGGCUACGCCCUUCGCUAUUGAUAAUGAAGGAGUAAUCCGCAACACGGAGCCGCUGGACUACGAGAAAGCUCACAACCACAUCCUGUCGGUGGUGGCUUACGACUGUGGCAUGCUGGAGUCAGCCCCCGUCAUGGUCACCAUCAAGGUCAACAAGCCCUGCCGCGCUGGCUGGAAAGGAGUAGCAGAACGCGUAGACUAUGCCCCAGGCACGGGUCCACUCGCGCUGUUCCCGGCAGCCCGCUUGGAGGCGUGCUCGUCGGACGAGCGCUGCCCCGGGGUGACCAGGAUACAGGCCGCGGUCACCCUGCAAGCUUCCCGCGCCGGCACCGGCUGCGACAGAGACACCUACUCACUGCACGCGCAGAAAACCAUAUGUGGUAUGGAUGCUAAGACAGAGGAUCUCCUCCCGAGCCCUGGCGCUGGAAGCGAAUGGACGAAGUCUCUAAAACCUGACCUGGGUCGCGACGGCGAGCAGAUGUUCGAGUUCGAUGGGGAGACAACAGCGGCCAUAGUUCCGGAAUCAAUCCUCCCUCACACCCUGGCUGGGAGUUUCUCGAUCACGACGUGGAUGCGUCACGCGCCUGCGCCAGACCAGGACAAGCAUCGCAAGGAGCAUGUGCUGUGUCUCGCCGAUGAUCAUAAGAUGAACCGCCAUCACUACGCGCUGUUCGUGCGCAACUGCCGUCUGAUCCUGCUGUUGCGCCGCGACUUCGGCGAAGGAGACCUGAACAUCUUCCGCCCGGCUGAGUGGAGGUGGAAGAUCCCAGAGGUAUGCGACAACGAAUGGCAUCACUACGCGAUCAACGUGCGUUUCCCGAACGUGGAGCUGAUCAUCGAUGGAGAGCCCUACCACAGUGUCGACGGCAAGGGACCAGAGGUCAUCGACGACUGGCCACUGCAUCCGGCUCAUGGGGUUAACACUACUAUGGUUGUGGGGGCCUGCUGGCAAGGUACAGAGAGCGACAUGAAGCAUCACCUGCGGGGUUGGCUGGCCGGGCUGGGAGUGCUGCGACACGCCGUGCAGCCUGCCCACGCCUUAAAGUGCGUGGCGCGAUGCCGAGAGGGGCUGAGUCUUGCUCCUGAUCUAUAUCUGAAGUCAGUAUCAGUGGAAGGUGACGGCGUGGCGGACGUGGAGACACUCCUGCGCCGCGUGGCGUACGGCGACGCCAGGGCAUACCCCACGCCCGGCCGGCGCAACGUGCACGUCGCCACUACCAUCACCUGCGACAACGGGCGCAUCAUCAAGGCCAUGCCAGCGGAGUCCUACGUCAUGGUGCUGCAGCCGCAGACGCCGACCAUCCUGAUCAACGGGUCCGGGGACGCGGCGCGGGACUACGCCCACUUCAGGGCGGGGCUGCGGGUGUUCCCCGAGCUGAGUGUCCACGUCAUGGCCAGAGGCGGAGACUACAUGCGCGAAGCAGAAUCCCAGAAGUUAGACUCGUGCGUGGUGUCUGUCUACCCUGCACUGAACCCAGACCAUGAAGCGCUCUCCCUGCGCGACGCGGCCGACCUGCCGCUGCGGUACGACAUCCGCGCGGCGGUCACGCGGGACGGCGUCAUACUCACUGGCGCCGAUACUGUGCAGAAUUAUCAGGAGGUGCUCCGCGAGAUUGAGUACAGCAACAAGAAGCCAGCGUACUACCUGAACCGCGUGUUCAAGCUGACCUGUUCUGAACUGAACGGACGGUUCACCUCCAACGAAUACGUGCAGACGCUGACGGUGGUGCACCCCCACAUGUCCGGAGGGGAGCUGGCCCGCGAGCUGCACCCCAGCGGCGUCGCUGACAAGAUGGACGCCGUCGCUAGAGACAAACAGCCCGCGGCCCGCGCCCCGUCCCCGCGCGUGUACGCGGCGCACGCGCUGCGCUCGCCGCACGCCGCCGACCUGCCCGCCGCGCGCCUGCUGGACGUGCGCGGCAAGGACGCGCCCGCCAACCACGUGGCCCUGCUGAUCGGCGUGGUGUCGUGCGGCGUGGUGGUGGUGCUGGCGGCCGUGGGCAUCGCGCGCGCGCGCCCGCGCCGCCUGCCGCGCGCCGCGCGCCGCCUGCCGCCCGCCGACACCGACAUGGCCUGGGACGACUCCGCGCUUACCAUCACCGUCAACCCCAUGGAUGAGUCGGCGCCGUCGUGCGGGCGGCCGGCGGCCGAGAGCUCGGAGGGCGAGUCGUGCUCCGACUCGGACUCCGACCACCACGACUCCGAUGAUGAUGAUGACGAAGUGUUGCCAGGCAAACAGCACAAGUACAGAAACAUCAGUCAGUUGGAGUGGGACAACAGCACGAUGUAAUGCGAUGUACUUAUUUCUGUCUCUUUCACUCCCGCCGCGCCGCCGCUCUUCUCUGUCGCACGCGGCGCACCGAGUGACGUUUCAAUAUGGCCGCCAAUAUCUUCUGAUUGGUUGCUGUUGAAAACACGAAAAAGUAUAUAAUUUUAAAAAUAGAACAUUCGUUAUAUGAUCUAAAAAUGAUUAUUUAUUAUUAACUUUGUUAAUCAAAUAUUCAUAUUUGGAAAACUGGAUUUUUCUGUUUUAUUUACGAAUGUAACUUGAAUUUGCUUGUCGAAUAUAACGAUGUAUAUCUUCGACUAUUGAAAGCUAUAAAUAAAAGUUACAAUUAAGUCAUAUUGAGGCGUCACAGAACAUAAAAGAUCAAAAAGUUCUAUAACGGAAUUGAUUUUGUAUUUGCAUCGGUCGAAUAGUUUAUAAAAAUAACGCUUUUGCACAAAACCACGCGAGGCACAACAUUUUCUGAACUCAUAAUUUGUAGUACUAUUUUAAGGUCUCAAAAUUGAUCAUAUCAAAAUUAAUACGUAAUAAUUUUCCCUUCUGCUUGCUUUAGUAGGACGAAUUGGUCUAAAUUACUAGGGACGACACUCUUCGUAUCUUUUCUAUUUAAUUUCUAAGUGAAAUCAGAUUGUAUGUAUUGAUUGUAUUAGUCGUUGUAAUUUCGUAUGAAAUCGGUAAUAAGAGAUAAUAUAGCUGUAAGAUCAAACUAUGUAUAUUACUGAAACUUAAGACGUAUCGUAUGCUUCACUGUUUCAAUCAUUUUUAAGUUUCUUUUUUAAAAACCAAGAUGGCGUCAGCUGUGAAAAAAAUACUUUCGAAAGCCAGAAAAUUAUAGACUUUGAUAGUGCAAUCUUUCAAAUUAGACGUUGGUGAAGAGGUGGUACUUAAAGUUGGCAGCUGAUUAUUUAAAAAAUGUGAAUGCAAUAGUUUGAUAAUCAAACUAUUAGCAAAUCAAAAAUCUAUAAACUUAGGCUGUAUGUAUAAAAUUCACUAUCUGAACUGUACUUAUAUAAUCUGUAAGCUCACGACGCCAUUUUGGAUUUGACGGCAAGUUCAAAUACGCAUUUAAGUUGAAUGGUUUUUUUAUAUUUAAAAAAGGAACGCAUUUAAUUUGUAUAAAUGCUAAAUUAUGUCUUUCGACAAAAAAUGUCCAAAUACGUUUUACCCUUACGAGCUUUUCAAUAAAUCGGCUUAAAUGUAUAUUUAGACAGAGUUAUUUCAAAUAAUAGAUGUACGAUAUACACAUAUACAAACAGUGUCUGUUUAGAGCAGCUAUGAACUAUAUAAUUAUAUAUAUAUUUUGAAUGCGUUAA